AUGAUCACAACGUGCAGAGCAGCUACUGCUUUGAGCCACCAUAUAUGGCGAUAUCAAUGUCGACGAAAUACAAGAACUAUAACCAACAUCGAAAACAAUUUCAAUAUUUCUGAUUCUUAUACAUCGGUACUAGAACAGGCUAACUUGAAAAAGAGCAAUAUUGCCCUUCACAAAUCAAUAAAGGACUACUGGAAAGCCAGCAGGGCUAACAAACAGAUAAAUACAGUUUGUGAAGCUUCCAACCCAAUAAAUGCCAUAAUUCACCAAUCUUUCCCGGAAAACAGGAAAGCCAAUUAUAACAACUCCAAAAUAUACCGAAGUUUCGCUAGAUGGGAAGUCCUCCGAAGAAUCAAUGAUACAUCAAACGCAGCGUAUUUCUACAGUUAUCUCAAAGGCGACGAUAUACGGACAGAUUAUAAACAUUCCAAAGACAGCGAAAUCAUGUUUUCAAAUCUAAUAAAUGAUGGACUAGAGCGCUACGACAUGGCGGAUACAGUGGAUCUUUUGAUCUGGUAUGGUACAAACGUCAAACAACCGUCCAUUGAUAUGAUAGAUAAAGCAUUGACAUCUUUGGCUUUUUCGGAUCCACAAAACGAUGAAAUUUUGUUAGUAAAGGUUUUACAGUUGAUGGAUUAUUUGCAGGCCAAAACUCCAAGAUACAACUUGUCUGAAAACCACGCUAUACAAAUAGCAGCCAAGGCAAUGUCCACAGCUAACGAACCACUUUUGUCGAAAAAGGUUUUGGAACACGUUUACAACUUUCCUUACAACAAAAGUAACGCGGCAAGAAAUGCGCAAGUCAUGGCAGCAUACAAAUUAAUAAAGGAAGACUAUAAAAAGUUUAACCCGGCGGGAGUUUUUUACCUAUGGACAACGAUUAGAGAACAUUACACUUCAAUCGAAAAACAUGACUCAAGGAUUCUUUACCGCAUAAUAAAACUUUUUACAAAUCAAAAGGCAUACCGCUUCAGAUGUAAAGAGAUAAUUACAAAAUUGAACCCACACUAUUACGUCAACAACCCACUUCUUCUUCAAUCAAUCAUCAACUUCUCCGCCAAGACUAAAGAUUUUACAAUGGCAAAGAAGAUUAUGUCGGACAUCACAAGCUUCGCCACAGACACUACAAAAACAACAAAUUUGGAAUCCAGAUUUAUGCUUUCAGCAUUGCUAAGGCUUCAUCUCACAUUUAAUGACUCAAAAGGCGUGGAAACCGUUUUAACAACAAUAAAAGGGAAAACUAAAGGUUUAUUACCAGCAGACUACCAAGCAAUAGUUUCGCAUCUAUUGAGAACAGGAGACAGCAUAGAUUUGAUAAAAGCCAUAAAAAUGACAAAAUCAAUAAAGGGAAUUGACGCUCUACCAUCAGCAGCGGCAAUAGUGAAUCACAUAACAGGGCCACAUUAUAUGAAUAAAAAGGAUUCGAGAGGGUACCCGAUUUUGAAAAACAUCCUACACUACGCGAACAAGAUUGACAGAACACACUCAAACAAAUUUUGGGAGAUUUUAGCAUCUAUAUUCGUUAAAACCAUGGCGUCAUACAAGAUCUGUUCUAGGCAACCGAAAGGAGAUAAAAACCUUCAACAUAAAAAGAUACAUUCAACCGAAACAGCAGAGUUGCUUAAGCACAUUUACACCAAAUCACUACGAAAAAAGCCAAAUGAAUCCACAACCGAUCCGUUUAACACAACAAAUCCGGAAUCCAUCGUUUUGAAGCUCACCAAAACAAACAAGCUGGUAAUACUACGAACAAUAGCUAAAGAGGCAAGAUUCGCCAAUAAUAUACAAUUGGUAAGGUGGACUAUCAGUGAAAUGAUAAAUUGCGGCAUGCCAUUAAAGGAAGUUGAACUAGAUUGGAAUACAAUGGAAAAGCAUCAAAUUAGAAGAUACACCUACAAAGACACCAAAAACUUGUCUCAAAACAUCAAGCAUCACGGACUCAAAAACUUCAAAAGAGUCAUUCAAUAG